AUGAUGCUUUAUAAUUUUCUUAUUAUUCUACUCACUAAGAUAUUAACAACCUGGGCCACAAAGAAAAUACCUCUUCGUGCUUUUGUUGAUUUUUCGGACACUGAUAAUGCCACAGCUCUUGCCACUAUUGAAAUGUUACGGAUGGCAGAGUUCACUUUCAAUUCAUGGGAGUCUGUCGAUUUUGAUGUUCUUCUUGGUACUAGGGAUCUUCCUCCUAUGGAGAGGAACGCCAUGGCUUGGAACUUGAACAGAAUAAUUUGCGACGAGAUGAAACUUGGAUUCAUGAUAAUGCUGGCAGGAACUCAUACAUACAAUUUUGGAGUUUAUCAAUCAAUAGCUGACUCUAUGAACGUACCUUUAGUAGAUUGGGUAGUCUCUAACGUGCGAUCGAUGGAUGCUUCUAAAUCCCCAAUGACAUUCUCGGUCCGUCCACCAGUUGAUCAACUUUUGGUAGAUUAUAUUCAAUACAAAGAAUGGCAUCGCAUAAUAUACAUCCAUGACGGCACUAAUGCUGAACGAACUCUUCAUGGAAUUUUCGAAUAUUUAAACGAAAAAUCUCCUGCAUACGAGUUACUAGUUGACAAUUAUCAGGUGCCUGAUGAUGAAGAGUUUUUCCGGGAGUUCCUCAAUGAUCUGCAUAGACGACUGUCUAUAAACGAUAUUCAGCGUUCAAACGCAUCAGAGGAGAUGCACGACGAGCCAAUAAAGCCUAUUAAUGUAAUUGUGGAUUUGGAGGGGAGUUUUCGAAUGAGACUGUUCUUGCGAGCUUUAGAGGAAAGCAUUUUGGUCAAAAAGGAAUAUCACUAUGUAUUCGCCAACUUUGAAAUGGAAGACAGUGAUCUUUCUUCUUUUCAUUAUUCACUUAUCAAUAUUACUGGGUUCCAGCUGUUUGAUCGAACCAAUAGAAGAUUCGUACGUAAUCGUCAAAUAUUUGAGGAUAUUUAUGGCGAACGACAUUUAUUGAAUGAUUUCAUACCAGCUAGUAGCGCUUUUGCUCAUGACGCACUACUGGUUGCAGCUGCUGCGCUGGAUAAAGCCAUGGAAAUUAAUGGAAGAGACUUAUUCUAUCAAAGUUUUGCUAAGCAUCAAUUAUACAAUCGAGGAAAGCCAGGAUUGUAUUGUCGGCCAUAUGAAGAUUCACAAUCCAAUGACAGAGUGUUCGAACCUUUCGAAUAUGGCAAUAAGAUUGCGGAAGCAAUGAAACAGGUGGUUCUGACCGAAGAGGAAGGAACUUUGACAGGACGUAUUCAAUUUCACGCUCAAACUGGAUGGAGAACCAAUUUUUCGGCGACUGUAAUCGAGAUAAAACCUGGCGUUAACAGCUUAAAUAGUAUUCAAGAGAGAUUUCAUUGGGUUCAAGGGAAAGGAUUUCUUCUUGGCGGAGAAAGUAGAGUUUUGGAAAAGAAACCCAAUAGGACGGUUACUAGAAAAGGUAUUUUACAAAACAAGCCAUGGAAGUUGAAAUUGACAGUAGUAACUGUACUGGUGAAGCCAUUUGUAAUGUUGAAAAGAGUAAACCCUGGAGAGCCUGAGCUGACUGGUAUAGACAGGUUUGAAGGGUAUUGCGUAGACCUUCUGGCGCUUUUGGCAAAAAACAUUACUGGAUUUGAAUAUGAUAUAUUCAUAUCGGAAGGAAACAAAUACGGGGCCAGACAAGCUGAUGGUAGUUGGGAUGGUAUGAUUGGGUAUCUGCUCAAUGAAACAGCUGAUAUUGCGGUUGCUCCUCUUACUAUCACUCAAGAACGAGAAAGAGCAGUUGAUUUCUCGAAACCAUUCAUGACGACAGGUAUAUCAAUAAUGAUACAGAAACCUGAAAAGCAAGAGUUCAACAUAUUCUCAUUCAUGGAACCGCUCGGUAUGCGCAUUUGGAUUUUCACACUGUGCUCCUACGUUGGGGUUUCUCUAACAAUUUUUCUGGUGUCCGCUUUCUCUCCAUAUGAGAAAAGAAUUCAAUUCCGAAGAGGAGAAUUCCAAGUGACUAAUGAAUUCUCAAUGUACAACUCGUUAUGGUUUACAUUGGCAGCGUUCAUGCAACAGGGAACCGACAUACUUCCCAGAGCACCUUCUGGACGCAUAGCUUCUUCAGUUUGGUGGUUUUUCACUCUCAUUAUUGUAUCUUCAUACACUGCUAAUCUUGCUGCUUUCUUGACACUAGAGAAAAUGACUCCUCCAAUAGAGUCGGUAGAGGACUUAGCUAAUCAAAACAAAAUUUUAUACGGAACAGUGAAAGGAGGAUCUACUAGUGCAUUCUUUGAGGAUUCUACUGUACCUUUAUAUAAGAAGAUGUGGAACUUCAUGCAAGACACUUAUAACCAGCAAGUGAAGGCGCAAAGAAACUUGAAUGGAUCCGAAACAGUAUUCGUCGACACAUAUGCACAAGGAAUAGAGAGAGUCAGGAAUAGCAAGGGAGCCUAUGCAUUCUUACUGGAAGAAACAACAAACAACUAUGAAAGUGGUAGAAAACCUUGUAACACCAUGAAGGUUGGCCAAAACUUGAACACUCUUGGAUAUGGAAUAGCGACGAAACUAGGAAAUCCAUUACGGGGAUCCCUGAAUUUGGCAAUUCUCUAUCUCCAAGAGAAAGGAGAACUGAAACGUUUAGAAAACAAGUGGUGGUAUGAUAGAGGACAAUGUGAUCAUGGGAAAUCAGAUAGUGGUAAUAGCUCUUCCCUUAACCUAUCCAAAGUUGCUGGAAUCUUUUACAUAUUGAUGGCGGGCAUGGUAUUGUCUAUGUGCACGGCAUUGAUCGAAUUUGCUGUCAGAAAACAGAAAGAAAACCGCGAAAAAGCUAAGAAACGAGCGCAGAACGUCAGAAGGCCUGUCGGUUUGAGAAAGAAGAGGUCACGAUCAGAAGAUUUGCGCACUACUUUAUCAACUCAGAUUUAA